AUGCAAAUUCUCUGCGACCUGCCGACACGUACCACGGUUGCAUUCUCCGUAUGUGACACGCGACCAGCAGCCGACCUCAUGGCCCAGCUGUCGAUGCGGUUCCCAGACCUCGGAAACAUGUACCUGACUGGGCGGCACGGACUCGACCUAAACACAGCGCUGCACUCCCUACAUCCCUGGGUGACGCUCAAGGGACGGCUCGUUGGCGGCAAGGGUGGGUUCGGCAGUCUUCUGCGCUCACAGGGCAGCAAAAUGUCCAAGGACGCGCCAGCAAACUACGACAGCUGCCGGGACCUGUACGGGCGGCGGCUGCGCACAGUAAAGCAGGCCAAGGAGAUCAUUGAGAAUGCAGCACGCGACGAGAAGGCCCGGGAGGAGGCCCGGGAGAAGCGCAAGCGCAAGAUCGAGAAGGCGCUGGAGGAGCGGCCGGCCAAGGUGCAUCGGUUUGAGGAUGUCGACUACUCGCGCAGCUGCGAGGAGAUUGUCGAGAAGACCAAGCGGGUGACGAAGCGCGCGCUGAGGGAAAAGAGCAAGGAGGCGGAGGUUAAGGCGCCGGUGGUGCCGCUGUUUGACGGAGACCUGGACGAGAUCUCGUCGGAGAGUAGCUCGGAGUCAGAGUCGGAGGAGGCGUGA